CUUCUGAUAGGGAGAAGGAAGCAGCACGAACAUGCAUUACCGUGUAAUUGGCUGUCUUGCAACAGUCUGACCGGGCGUCCCAGCGGCGGCAGUUAUAGCGUCGCUACAGCUGCACUUUCGUACCGGCCGCCAUCUAAUGACCGCAAUCGUGAGCACUCCUGCCUCCGUUGAUAUUUGACCCGGCAUGGCUCCAGAAGUCGGCUUCGCAUAUGCCGCCAGGUGGAUCGCCGCCGACGGCGACGGCGAGGCGCUCGUAUUCCGAAAGUUCGACCGGCUCGCCGCCCGGAACCUGCUCUGCCUCCAGGCCCGCAUGCUGUCCUUGGAGAGGCGUAUUAGCGCGCUGGACGGCGCAGUACUGUCGGACCAAGGGCUAGCAUUGACCGAGAUCAUGUGUGACUGGGACCUGCUCAAGCAACACAGCGAAAGCCCCGACGGCCACGAAGUGGCCAAGAAGCAUAUGCUGGUGCUUGAAGAACUCCGAACGGCAAUCAAGGAAUACCAUGAAGCACUGGAUCUGCAGCACAAAAUCUCCGCGCUGAGCGCUCCGAACAAGAGGGUCGUCGGGGCCUACAGGGCCUUCCUCGAAAACACCCCCUGCCUCGGUGGCCCGUCGGGCCGGUUCCUAGACGCCCCGGACCUUGUGGCCAUCAAGAGCCCGGCCGACCAUGAUCCCCUGUCUGAGCUGUUGAGGCGGAUCUGGCCUGUCUCGACUGCAGGGCACUCCGAGACGGACGUCGAGGCAGGCAUCGGUCGUUUCCAGGAGAGGUCCAUCGUGCGAGCUGCCAACAUUGUCAGCAUUGUCCUGGCCAUGGCGUUGCUUGCCGGCUCCAUCGUGGGCCUCUCCUUUUAUAAGGAUCCCUAUGGCAGGAUCGGCAUCGUUGUCGGAUGCACGAUUGUGUUUGCCCUGAGUCUCGGUAUCAUUACAAAUGCGAGGCGUCCAGAAAUAUUUGCAGCCACAGCAGCAUACGCCGCCGUGCUGGUGGUAUUCAUCAGCACUCAGUGAAGGAAAGGAUAAGUUUUGAAGCAUUUCUAAAAAAAAAAAACCACCGCCCUGGUGUAUUUGACAUUCCAAACCGUCCGUGGUAAAUCUCUGCUAUAAUGAGACGAGAUGGAUAACGAGAAGCUAUAUUGAUACAUGUCCAUCUCGAUCUGCUUUUUCUGUUUUUACAACUUGGCCUUGGCGGUGGGCUGCGAGUUGAUCUCGGCGUACAUGCGAUCGAUCUCGCCGCGGAAAGCCCUGGCCGUCUGAG